CGUGUUCUGUGAACAGAAGUUAUGUACUCACCAGUCAACCUAAUAUAUCAUCUCCUUCUCUCUCCCUCAGACCUCUCUCCCUCCUCUCUACAGUACCAGUGUGGAUCGGUGGACUUCCUGUGUUCCCCACGGCUGGGAAAGAAAGCCCCGCCCCCUCCCAGACCAUGUCACGGCCGGCCUGCAGUCAAGCCCCACCCCCAGCCCACCGCCACACCCACCUCUCAGAAACCUCAAGUGCCCCCUAAACCCCCCUUCCUGCUGGUCCUCGGACAGGACAAGAAGCCCAAGAGGAUUCCCCCAGCACCCUCCAGGCCUCUGCCUGCUCCUCCACCUCCACCCAAACCGCGGCCCAGCCAGACACCACCUGGCCUGGCCACACAGCCUCAGAGAGAGGCCCAGAGCGUGGGGCUGCUCAUCGAGAGGUUUGAGAACUCCAGCGUUCCAAUUCUUGGCGUUCCUCCGAGGAAUCAGCUCCACUUGUGCCUGAGUAUGGACGCGACACCCGAAACCACAGCUCGUUCUGCCCCUAACCCCACAGCACACGCCCCUUCAGGGUCAGCAGGAGCAAAGGACUCUGGGGAACCGUCCCCCGCCGACAAACUUGCUCUUAUCGUCUCGGAGCAGACCGAUGAGGUCACCGAGCUGACGGAACUUUCGUGCCUGGCCUCAAUCCGCAUUGGCGACCCCGGCGACAUUCCUUUGGACUCUACAGAGGACGACCUCAACGUCGUCCGCGGCGAUCGAGUUGGUUGCCUUGACAACACGGACAGGGAGCAGAGAGACUCUUCCCAUGAGCUCCAGGACAAUCCGGACUCACAGUCCUCGGAGCAGAACGUAAACGGGAAGAUUCCCAACCGGGACAGCGGGAUCGACAGCCCAUCGUGCGCAGCAGAGGGCGAGGUGUUCCCCAACGAAGACGCCAUCGACGAGGAGGAGCGCUACGACAGCGUCACGGAGACAGAGACUAGCGUGUCCUGCUGUGUAACACUGGGCAACAAGCGUGACUCCACGCAGGACGAGGACAGUGACUUGGAUGAGGUCAGCAGUGGCGAGACAGAGGGAGGGGAGAAGGCGGACACACACACAGAGGUACACAGGUACUCAGAGACACAGAGGUUACUGAACAUCGCCAGAGAGCUCCUUCACACUGAGGAGGCCUACGUCAAAAGACUCAACCUCCUCGACCAGGUAUUUUGCACUAAGCUGACUGAAGCUGGAAUCCCUCAGGACGUGAUAACGGGGAUCUUCUCCAACAUAUCCUCCAUCUACUGCUUUCACCACAAGUUCCUGCUCCCUGAGCUCAAGACACGCAUCACUGGAGAAUGUAUACUCAUGUGUAUAAGAGACAACACCUGGAGCCAGCGGUCAUCACUGUUCAAGAGUGUGGUCCAGAACAUACAAAAGCAGGAUGUGUGUGGGAACCUGACUCUCCAGCACCACAUGCUGGAGCCUGUGCAGAGGAUCCCUCGCUAUGAACUCUUGCUCAAGGACUAUCUGAAGAAACUGCCUGAUGAUGCACUGGACAGGAAGGACACGGAGAAAGCCCUGGAACUCAUAUCCACAGCAGCCAACCACUCCAAUGCUGCCAUCAGGAAAAUGGAGAAGAUGAACAAACUGCUGCAGGUCUAUGAGAGACUGGGSGGAGAGGAGGACAUCGUGAACCCAGCCAACGAGCUCAUCAAAGAYGGACACAUCAAGAAGAUGUCUGCCAAGAAUGGGACGGCCCAGGACCGAUACCUCUACCUGUUCAACAACAUGGUGCUGUACUGCGUUCCCAAGCUGAGGCUGAUGGGGCAGAAGUUCAGUGUGAGAGAGAGGAUCGACAUCGCUGGGAUGGAGGUCAGGAAGGAGGUGCAAGAGAACGUGAAGCAGAACCUCCCUCACACGUUCACCAUCAUCGGCAAGCAGCGCUCACUAGAGCUGCAGGCCAGGACGGCUGAGGAAAAGGAAGACUGGAUACAGGUGAUCCUGGCCACCAUAGAGAAGCACAAGCAGAACAGUGAGACCUUUAACAAAGCCUUCAAUAGCUCCUUCUCCAGGGACGAAGACCACCCGCCAGACUCACCGGGUCCCUGGAGCAGCACAUCCAUCGACUCAGACAGUGAAAGACUGCAAGAAAGGAAAAGUUCCAAGAAYAAGGAGAAGGAGACAUGCAAAGGCUGCAACGACAGCUUCAACUUUACCAAGCGCAAGCACCACUGCAAAGCCUGCGGAGCGGCCAUCUGUGGUAAAUGCUCUAAGAUGUUGGAGAAUAAGACGUGUCGUGUGUGUCCUGAGUGCUUCGAGACCAGCCAGGGCCCCGAGGGGCCUGCAGGGGCCCCAGUAGAGCUGAAGAGGAAAGCUACAGCCGAGAAGCAGGUGUCUCUGUCGGGGGACAACUGUCUGCUGUGUGCCCAGCUGCAGGUGCAGGAGAAGGGCAAGAGCUGGACCAAGACCUGGGUGGCCAUCACCAAGGCUGAACCACUGGUGCUCUACCUGCAGACCAGCGGACAGGACUCUCGCGGGGCACGGGCCAUACCCCUCCCGGGGUUUGAGGUGAGCGUGGCAGCGCCGUCGACAACAGAGAAGUCUGAGCUUAAGCACGCGUUCCAGCUGAGUCACUCCCAGCAGGCUCUGCUGUUCAGCGCCCAGGAUACAGAAGUCCAGGCCAAGUGGGUGGAGUUUCUCUCUAGAGCCGCCCGCGGGGAAACACCCACAGACACGCCCUGCAGCCUGACGGAGCACAGGGAAAGCCAAUAGUGCGGCUCCGCUGAAGCCACAGGACCCUCCAUCCCACCUUUCACCCCUCUCCUGUGGACAGAGCACACGUUACUUGAAUUCACUUUUCCUUUGCACUUUUUAUUUUCUUUGAAGGGAGGGAAGAUUCCCCCCCUCUGCUGCCACUUCACCCUUUCCUCUACCAGACACACAUUUACACACAGACUUGCUCUCUCUUUCAUUUGCACACUCUCUCUCUCUCUCUAUCUCUCUCACACUC